AAAGAGCGUUAACGUGGAGUGUACACUGAAAGCAAAAACCGAAAAGCUUCCUGUCAUUCACACUUCGUCUUCACGCGGUAUCUCUUUUCUCUUUGAAUGAAAAAAAAAGGGGCCAUAUAUUUAUUUCCACAGAAACAGAGAAACCCAAUAAGGGAAAAGCAAAAAAGACACCACCACAAAAUUCUAGAACCAAAGAAACAAAGAACAACGAGAACGGGAGCAUUCGAAGUUGUUAAAGCAGAUGAUGUUGAGAUCGUGGUACAGACCAUUAGAGAGGUGUUUUGGUCGGGUAGCAGGUGGUGGUGGCGGUGAUGGAUUGAUGUGGCAUGCUGAUUUAAAACAACAUGCGUCUGGUGAUUAUUCAAUUGCGGUUGUUCAAGCUAAUUCUAAUUUAGAAGAUCAAAGUCAGGUUCUUACGUCCUCCUCCGCUACUUAUGUUGGUGUUUAUGAUGGUCAUGGCGGUCCUGAAGCUUCCCGAUUUGUCAAUAAACAUUUGUUUCCUUACAUGCAUAAAUUUGCUACAGAGCAUGGGGGGUUAUCAGCUGACGUGAUAAGGAAGGCAUUUAAUGCAACUGAAGAGGAGUUUUGUCAUUUAGUGAAGCGAUCAUUACCAUGGAAGCCACAAAUUGCUUCUGCUGGAUCAUGUUGUUUGGUUGGAGCUAUUUCAAAUGAUGUGUUAUAUGUUGCGAACCUUGGGGACUCCAGGGUAGUUCUUGGCCGAGGAGUUGAUGAGGAUAAGAAAAAAAAGGUAGUGGCAGAAAGGUUAUCAACUGAUCACAAUGUUGCUGUUGAGGAGGUGAGAAAGGAGGUUCAGGCGCUUCAUCCUGAUGAUUCACAUAUUGUAGUCUAUACUCGUGGAGUUUGGAGGAUUAAGGGCAUUAUACAGGUAUCUAGAUCCAUUGGUGAUGUGUAUCUGAAGAAACCAGAGAUUAACAGGGACCCAAUUUUUCAGCAGUUUGGGAACCCUAUUCCUUUGAAACGGCCAGUAAUGAAUCCAGAACCUUCCAUUCUCAAUAGAAAGUUGAGGCCAGAAGACUUGUUCCUGAUCUUUGCUUCAGAUGGUCUUUGGGAACAAUUGACCGAUGAAGCAGCUGUAGAGAUUGUUUUCAAAAACCCAAGAGCUGGGAUUGCUAAGAGAUUGGUGAGAGCUGCUAUUCAGGAGGCUGCAAAGAAAAGAGAGAUGAGAUACGAUGACAUAAAGAAAAUAAAAAAGGGAACGCGGCGGCAUUUUCAUGAUGAUAUCACUGUGAUUGUAAUUUAUCUUCAUCACCAAAAAGGUUCCUCCAAUGGUGGACUAAAGAAUAAUGUUGUUGGCUGCACCAGUGCUCCAGUCGACAUUUUCUCCCUUAAUGCAGAUCAAGCAGAGGUGGACUUGCUUCAAACAAUUUCUUGAACAAGGAAAAACCCUUUGAAGGGGUAAACACUGACUUCUUGAUUUCAAGGUAUAUUAAAGGAGAAUACAUUUAUGUAGAUGAAGUUAUAGCGGGUUCUGGUGUUAGCCUUUUCCAAGUAAAUAUAUAACUAUACUUGUUUCAUUCUAUCAAUGACUGGUUAAUUUUUCAGAAAUUGUAGCACCAAUUUUGUGCCUCUUUUGUAAUCCAAAUUUUAGAAAUUACAGGUCAUCAUUGAUUA